AGCUACCACUUCAACCAGCCUUUCCGGAAAAAGCGGCCUUAGCAACGGCCCUGCCAGAACGGCAGUCAUGACGCAGUCUGUGGUGGUGCAGGUGGGGCAAUGCGGGAACCAGGUCGGCUGCCGCUUCUGGGAUCUGGCGCUGCGGGAAUACGCCGCCGUCAACAAGAAAGGACUUUAUGAUGAAGCAUUGAGCAGUUUCUUUAGAAAUGUGGACACUAGAGCAGAUGGUGAUGCUGCUGACAUUUCCAGAGGAAAAAUUUGUUCCUUAAAAGCACGCGCCCUGCUGAUUGACAUGGAAGAAGGUGUUGUAAAUGAAAUUCUUCAGGGGCCAUUGAGAGAUGUCUUUGAUAGCAAGCAGCUGAUCACAGAUGUUUCUGGCUCAGGAAACAACUGGGCGGUGGGUCACAGACUGUAUGGAUGUCAGUACCGAGACCGUAUUGUAGAAAAGCUAAGGAAGGCUGCAGAGCGCUGUGACUGUCUGCAAUGUUUUUUUGUCAUUCAUUCCAUGGGAGGGGGGACAGGAUCUGGACUUGGUACAUUUAUACUAAAUGUGCUUGAGGAGGAAUUUCCAGAAGUAUAUAGAUUUGUUACUUCAGUUUAUCCUUCGGGGGAGGAUGAUGUCAUUACGUCUCCUUAUAAUAGCGUCUUGGCUAUGAAGGAGCUCAGUGAACAUGCAGAUUGUGUACUGCCAAUUGAAAAUGAAUCUUUAUUUGACAUUGUUAGUAAAAUUAAUCAAAUGACCAAAAGUGGAAAGCUAGGAUCAUGUGUAAAGCAAUCUAGCUUGGUAACUUCAGGUGGAAUAAAACCUACCAAGGAGAAACCCUUUGAUGCUAUGAACAAUAUUGUGGCCAACUUACUGUUGAACUUAACAAGCUCUGCUAGGUUUGAAGGAUCACUUAAUAUGGACCUUAACGAAAUCACCAUGAAUUUGGUCCCCUUUCCUCGACUUCAUUAUCUGGUUUCCAGUUUAACUCCUCUGUAUACAUUGGCUGAUGUUAAUGUACCUUCUCGAAGGUUAGACCAAAUGUUUUCAGAUGCUUUUAGCAAAGAUCACCAACUGAUAAGAGCUGACCCAAAGCACUGCUUGUAUCUUGCCUGUGCCCUUCUAGUCAGAGGAAAUGUGCAUGUUUCAGAUCUUCGUAGAAACAUAGAAAGGUUGAAACCUUCACUUCGCUUUGUCUCUUGGAAUCAAGAAGGCUGGAAAACUGGCUUAUGUUCAGUACCUCCUGUGGGCCAUUCUCACUCAUUGUUGACCCUGGCAAAUAAUACUUGUGUGAAACAUACUUUUCUAGAACUCAAGGAGAGAUUCAUGAGGCUAUACAAGAAAAAGGCUCACCUUCAUCAUUACCUGCACACUGAUGGUAUGGAACAGAGCUGUUUCUCUGAAGCCCUUUCAUCUUUGUCAGAUUUAAUAGAAGAGUAUAAUCAGCUAGAUGUCACAAACUGUGGACCUGCAAUAGAUCCACCAAGACUAAAGAUAGCUAUGUAACAAUGGAAGGGGGAAAACAUUGAAAGUUAAGAAAUUUGCUAAUUAUGUACGUGCAAUCCAACCCAUGUUAAGCACUGUUAACACAUUUGAUUUCAAUGGGAGAAACUUCAGAACUUAACCUAAGUUCAACUGAAAUGUACCAUAACUGAUGGCCUUAUGUAAUGACUUAGAAUAUUCUCAAGGGACAGUCAAUAUGCUCAGUCCGGAUGGCAGUGUCCUAUCAAGUUAUUUUGUCCAAUUUUACAGAAGCUAGAUUAUGUACUUUAUUGGGACAAAAGGAUUAUGUGUGGCAACUUCUUACAGUGUAUGCCUUUCCUUUUAUACCGUACUGUGAUAUGCUUCUUGUUUAAGCACCACAUCCAGAGAUACUUUUGUAUAUCUAAAUUGUAAAACAAUUUUGCAUUAUUUUCACUAUAGUUAUAAAUGUUUGUCAGAUAUUUUAUUUAAAAGUCUUA